AUGCCUACAAUCAUAUAUCCCGGCUUUGGCACACCCAGGGUCGGCACGAGGUUUUACUACUGGAGUUCUAUGCGCCAUUACUAUGAUCCUGCGACUCUACGAGGAAAUGACAGGUGCGGUCUACUUGGUCGCCUUCACAUGAUCCUGAUUGUUGACCGAGUCGAGCCAGUCCCGUCUGUCGAUGACCGGCCGUAUGGGCACAUUUUAGACACGAACAUUUUUACUCUACCGGAGUCUCCCGAUGAUCCAAACUAUAGUCUAUGUCGCGCAUGUCUGCUAGUGGCUAUCCGUCAGGAAAUCUUCAUUUCUUUUGUAGCACGUACCCCUCCACCCCGUCUUGCAGAGAGAUGCGGCAUCACCAGAACUCUUGAGCCCACGUCCGACUUCGAUUGGGCGUGGCGCAUCAUCACUUUUACUGAGGAUGUUUUGAUGUUUGCAUACGGCCCAGACGCGCGGUCCAUCGGGUCUUGGGAGAAUCUGCGUGCCUAUCUACAUCAAUGGAUGGAGAAGAGGCCGGCAUCUUUCAAUCCUCUGUGGCAAACGGGCUCUGAUCGCGAGACAUUUCCUGAGAUCGUUUUUGCCAACGAUUUUCAUAUUGCUGGCCAGCAGCAUGCCAUUAUCUGCCAGAUAAUGUUGCUGACUCACGACCCCCGUAUGCCUGUACUUGGUCUCGACAAGGCUAUGGCUUCAAAUGCUGUUGAAGAAGAGAUUCGUCGCUUGAUCCGCCAAAUUUGUGGUAUUGCACACUCGGCAGGCGAGUGGCAGCCAGCAACCAUAGCCGCGGGAAUGACGGUUGCUAUGUGUGGUCAUUUAUUUCACGAGCCUGCGGAACAGGAGAAAUUGCUUGAUAUUCUCGCAAAGUCAGAAGCGCACAUGGGCUGGUCACUGCUGAGGCAAGAAGAGAAGCUGAAGGCUUUUUGGGAAUGCAAUGCAGAGCAAUAA